CCGGAAACAGAAACCGAAGAAGAUGUGAAAGUUUGUUGUCAUUCCGGAUAAAUCGAGCCGCUGGGUGAGCAUCUUAAACCUGCUAGUAACUGUUAACCAGUUUAAGGAGGGUGGAGGCAGCAGCAUGUCGGUUCACUUUGAGGAGAGGAGCGGGGUUGUCCCCUGUAAGACACCGUGGGGGUCCUGGUACCAGACCAUGGAGGAGGUCUUCAUCGAGGUCCAUGUGCCUCCUGGGACUUCAGCUAAAGAGGUGAAGUGUCGCUUAGGAAGCAGGGAUAUCGAGCUGCAGGUCAGAGGGAAGGAGGUAUUUAAGGGACGGCUGUACGACACGACCGUGUCUGAUGAGGCUACGUGGACGUUGGAGGACAAAUGUCUUAUUCGGAUCGUCCUGAUGAAGACCAACAGAGAGGCGGGGAACUGCUGGUCCUCGCUGCUGGAGGGCGAGUACUGUGCGAACGCCUGGGUCCAGGACCAGAUGCAGAGAAAGCUGACACUGGAGAGGUUCCAGAGAGAGAAUCCUGGAUUCGACUUCAGUGGCGCAGAGAUUUCUGGAAACUUUGCUGGUGGGGGUCCAGACUUUUCCAGUUUACAAAAGUGACCGUCUCCUCCCUCAACUCACAGCAGUGGAUAGAGAAGUUUCCUUGAGGAAAACGAUGGAGUCUUUUCAAGACGGACAUAUUUACCACACUGCCUAGAUGUUGUUGACCGUAGAGACUCUUCCACAGGAACUUGUUUUUCUGGACAACGCUGCUCUUUAUACAAGACUAAAGGGACUAUUUGUUGAAGCACUGUCGCUUGUAAUGAUGAGAACACACACAGGUCUAGCUUUUCAAUAAAUCUUUAUUGAAAGGUGCACAAACAUAAGUUCAGAUGGUGUGUUUCUGUAACCGUUUUGAACUCUAAAACAGGUUUUAUUUCUCACUAAUAAAAUGUACUACACUUAGAAACUGGUGCAGAAAAUGCAAAACAAAUUCCAACCUACAUUUCCACUGCAGUGGUCACUUUAUUCAACUAAAACCAAUCGAGUAAUAAUGUGCAGGCUGGAUUCGUCCACUGAACUCUGAAUAAAUGAAAACAGCUCGGUUUGUUGCUGCUGGUGACACUUCAGCUCACACAACACGGCUGGAUGCAGGCGGCUGGAUCGCCGCCAGAUUCACUUUGCUGGUAAAACCAGACUUCCCUCGUCAUUUAUAAGAAACUAAAAAUAAAAGUCAUCACCUUGGGUAGGAGUGUGCAUUCAGGACAGCUUAGCAACCUAGGGUGGGAGUUAAGGAUUCUGGGCCCGAUUUCUUGGUUCCAUUUUUGCUAAUCACAAAAUCCUUCUCCCUCCUCUUCCACAUGGUGGACUGAGGACCUAGGUGGUUCAAUACUUUAUUAGCUUAAAACCAGCAACCCAUACAAAGACGUGUAUGGAUUCAAACAAGUACAUACUGUACACCUGUGCAGGCAACUCAACCAGGAACAUUUAACUUAACAGGAUGGGGGAGAUUUGGCUGUUUUGACAGAGCAGUAUUCCUUGUUAUUGGUAAA